AUCCCGGCGUCUCGGACCCCCGGCCUGCUCUGCCAGCUCCGGGUUGAAUAACCGAAUUCUGUAUCGGAAGCACAGUUCAUCAGUGUUUUAAUCAGUGGUGAGAAGUAAGGAAGUAAAAAUAUUUUGUUGCACAAGUAGAUUUUUCAGGUUUAAUCUGCGCAAAUGAUGACGCAGCGUAAAAAGGCUUGGCGUUCUCAGGAUAUUGUAUAGGCCUGGGGUCACCAAGGUGUAGCCCCCAACGUCCCCAUGACAAGAAAGCGACUGGAUUCUGGAGUUUAACGUACAAAGCGCAGAAGAGGAGUUAUGGGUCUAGCUCAGUCGUCUAAAAGUCCGCAGGUGAUCCUGAUGGGUUUGGACUCUGCAGGAAAGACAACUUUGCUCGCUCGACUGCUGACUGGACAGGUGAUGGACACAUCACCGACCAUUGGAUUCAAUGUAGGAACAUUUGAUUUGGACAAGAGGACAUCACUGACAGUUUGGGAUGUCGGAGGACAGAAAAGCAUGAGGCCCAACUGGAGGUUCUUCCUGGACGACUGCAAGGCACUGGUCUUCGUGGUUGACAGCAGUGAUCGAAGUCGGAUGACGGAGGCCAAGAAGGCAUUGAAGAAUGUUUUGAGGGAAGAAAAGUUACGAGGUAUUCCUUUGAUGGUUCUCGGCAACAAGUUGGACCAGCCUGGCGCCAUGAACGUACAAGAGAUCUCCAACAAGCUGGGAAUGUCCAACUAUCCACAGCUGCAAUGGCAGAUUCAAGUUUGCAGCGCACUGAAAGGAAUUGGUCUGCGUCAGGCCUUCACGUCCGUCGCCAAACUCAUCAAGAAAAACUAAUGUACAGGAUGUGAAAAGGAAGAGAAGAAGGAAGAAUAAAUGUGAAUAGGUGUGAUAGCAGAAGUACACGGGUGAAAGGUUGUGUUUUUGAAUGUACCUAAUUAGAAAUAAAUACAAAUCCCACACCGA